CAAUUCCGCAAUGAAGUCAAUUCUAGCUGUAGCUUUGGCAAGUUUUGCGACGCUUGUCUGCGCUCAGGAACAGAUUCCAGUAUCUCCCAAGCCAUCCUCAUAUCUCGCUCGAGCCAAUACUUUACUCGAGCAACAACCUGUCAUUGACACCCACAAUGACUGGCCAAUCUUUCUCAAGUUUUAUUAUAAGGGCAAACUCAACAAUAUUGACUUGACCCACAUGACCAAUGAGAGCCAUACCGAUAUCGAACGUUUGCGUAAGGGUCAUGUUGGUGGCCAAUUCUGGAGUAUUUUCUAUCCCUGUGAGGACAAAGAGGCCAACCAAGUUAAAGAGGGUUUGGAAUUGAUCGAUUUGGUAAAGCGCAUGGUUCAACGCUACCCUGAUACAUUCCAAUUGGCUGGUUCGGUAGCAGAGUACGAAGACGCCAUCAAGAAUGGUCGCAUUGCCUCCAUGCAAGGUAUCGAAGGUGGUCAGAUUAUCGACAGCUCCAUGUCUGCCUUGCGUCAGUUCUACGACGCUGGAGUACGCUACAUGACUUUGACUCACAAUUGCCACACCCCAUGGGCCGAGUCUCAGUCCCCGGCUACUGAGUAUCCCUUCCCAAAGGGUACAGGUCUUACUGACUUUGGACGAAAGAUCGUGAAAGAAAUGAACCGCAUUGGCAUGUUUGUCGACAUUUCUCACGUUGCUCAUUCUACCAUGCAUGCCGUUUUGGAUACCACCUCUGCCCCCGUCCUCUUCAGUCAUACUUCCGCUAAUGCUAUCUGCCCUAUCGAGCGCAAUGUGCCAGAUUCCGUGCUUCGUAGACUCAACGAAACCGACGGCGUCGUCAUGGUCAACUUCUACAGUAGAUUCGUUGAAUGUGAUGAAUCUAAGCGAGCAACCUUGUCAGAUGUCGCUGACCACAUUGAACACAUUGCAUCCAUUGCUGGUCGUGACAAGGUCGGUCUCGGCUCUGACUACAAUGGCAUCGACUUGACACCUGUUGGGUUGGAGGAUGUGAGCAAGUACCCCUAUCUCAUCGCUGAACUCUUGAAAAGAGGCUGGAGCGAUGAAGAUGUCAAGGGCGUUGCAGGUGCUAACCUUCUUCGUAUUUGGCGCGGUGUUGAACUUGUCCGAGACAAGUUGUCCGAUGUAUUGCCUGAUGAAUCUGAACUCAACGCAGAUUCCAUGCAAUAGAAAUGGCCCUGUUCGCCGAUAUAUGCGAUAGAUUUUUUAAUGCUGUAGUCAAUCUAUGUAACUAUAAAAUUGUGUAGAGAUGAUUAUUCAAAAUC